AGCUGACGUUUGUUUUGAUUUGAUCUGACAGAUAACCAUUACUCAAGGUCGAACCACUUGAUAUUUUAAUCAGAUUUAUAUAAAUUCAAUGCUCAAGUACUGUCCUUAUAAUAUGAGUUACUCCUCAGUGAAAUCUGGCCCCUGACAACUGAAUGCACAAUGAAAAUGGCUAAAUCGGAUUCAAAAGUGUGUGGUGUUUGUGGUGACAAAGCCCUGGGAUGUAAUUUUAAUGCAAUCACAUGCGAGAGCUGCAAAGCCUUUUUCAGAAGAAAUGCUUUGAUACAGAAAGAAUUCAAAUGCCCUUUCAAUAAUCAGUGUGAGAUGACAACAGUGACAAGAAGGUUUUGUCAGAAAUGUAGGCUGGAUAAAUGUUUUGCCAUAGGUAUGCGUAAAGACUUGAUCAUGUCUGAUCAAGAUAAGGUCGCCAAACGCCAAAAAAUCGAGGAGAAUAAGACAAAGAAACGUAGUAUAGGAGGCUUCAAAUCUGGUUUCAAAAAAAUGAAGAAGGAAAUGGUGGAACCUGAUUCUAGUAGUAACAGCAUUUGUAGUUCAGAAUAUGACUUUAGAGAUACAUCGUUUUCAGAUCAAAGUUGUCAGGUCAACAGCCACAACAAUGUUAGUGUCAUAAAUCAGUGUUUCGGAACUUCUCUGAAGAAUUCUGAUGAAAAGGUCCUCUCUCCGAAUGAAAGACUUGUUUCCUCUAGUGAUGAUGUUUCCAUAAGGGAGAAUACGGUAGUGUAUUCUGAAUUUACUCAUAGCCGUUGCGAAGAAACGACAAUUCCAACAAACAUUCUAGCCAAUGAUAUUAGUUGCAACAAAAAUAUAAGUGGUAGGGAUAAUACAUUUGGCUGUUUUCCUGGUAUCUAUAGCGAUCCGCAAAAGACAAAUUUGAUGGAAGAAAUUAACCCUAAGCCAAAUCCUGUCACUAAGGAGGAAAUUAACAGUAAAAGAUUAUCAUCAGGAGAUUCAUUUCCGAUCGAGUCGAUUCUAUACGAGGCGAUAAAAUUGGAAUAUGGAACUCUUUCCUCUCUGAACAAAAACAACUGCAGUUCAAGGAACCUCAACGAUGCCGAGAGAGCGAAAUUACACGAAUUGAUUGUCGCUCAUAAAGAAUUUCUUCCACCCGUGGAUGACGAACUGAACGAUCUUCUCGGCAAUGAAAGCAAACUCGAGGGAGAUACAAAUCUGAAGGUGGAAACAGAUCCGACCCUGACGGACGUUAUCAAUCUUACCGCAAUUUGCAUAAAAAGACUGAUAAAAAUGGCUAAAAAAAUUAAUGCUUUCAAAAAUAUGUGCCAAGAGGACCAAGUUGCUCUGCUAAAAGGUGGAUGUACAGAAAUUAUGUUGCUCAGGAGUGCCAUGAACUAUGACUCCAAAAAGAGAACUUGGCAGUUCAAGAUUUUUCAAUGAGAAACUAUAUCACUUAAUCAUUAAUUGAAAUUGGCCAAAGGGAAUAUAUACCAAGAACACGAACAUUUCAUCAAGACAUUCCUUCCAAAAUGGAGAUCGGAUGAAAACAUAAUCUUGAUCAUGUGUGCAAUUAUUCUUUUUACACCCGAGAGGCCAAAAGUGGUGCACCAGGAUGUUGUUAAAUUGGAACAGAACUCCUACUACUAUCUCCUAAAAAGAUAUCUGGAAAGUAUAUAUCCGGGAUGUGAAGCAAAAUCGACCUUUUUAAAACUCAUACACAAGGUAGCAGAACUACACAGGAUAAAUGAAGAUGUGAUAAACGUCUAUUUGAACGUCAAUCCAUCCAAGGUGGAACCGUUGCUAAUAGAAAUUUUUGACCUGAAUAACUAGAGAAAGAAAAAUGUAUAUAUUACAUAUGUUAUAUUUAUUUAUGUUCAAAUAAAAUAUUGAUUUAGUAUA